AGGGAACGGGCGUCCAUUUUGUUUCGCCAUAUUGAAUUUGGUCGGACAUCUUUGGACGCCAUGUUUAGUCGGACAUAUUUUAUAAACAUUUUCGCGUAAAUUUCAAAUAUUUUCAAUAGCAAUUUAACAAACUUUUUUUCUCCGAAGUGUGUAUAGUAGUUUAUUGUGAAAAUUGUUUGGAAAAUUCCCUUGUCUACGCAGCAGUCCAUAAUUGGCUUCAGGGGCCGUUCAGCUAUUGUUGAAAACUAAAUAAAGGUUCAUAAUGAUGAACCAGGAGAUAAUGUGCGAGGUGGAGAUUGGCACUCACGGGGGAAUGGUAGAAAUUGAUGGCGAUGACCAUGUUGGAGUCAAGUAUGAAGAAAUAGAGACUGGUCAAUACGAGGAGUACAUCACAGAUGAUCAAUACGAGGAAGUGGAGGAACAGGUCAUUGGGAUGCAGCAUUUGGAAGAAGAUUUCAAAAUUGCAGUUGGGAGCGAAGAAGUAAUACUACCGGGCAUGGCUAGCGAGGAAGUAUUGAACAACAGUGAAAUUAGUUACACGCCAGUGUUCACACCUGCCUCUACGAGUAAUAACAACAGAGGGCGGGGCAGACCAAAGACCAAUACCACACCCACCAUACAACAUCUGAUGCCAAUUGGAGAGGUUCCCAUGGGUUUGGUGGAGAACAACACAAACAGAGGAACGACCAGACGAUGGGAACAGAAGCAGGUGCAGAUAAAGACAAUGGAGGGGGAAUUCUCUGUUACCAUGUGGGCAACUGGCGAAGAUGAUGACGAUGGAUCGAACCCAGAACCUGAUCCCGAUUACACGGAAUACAUGUCUGGGAAGAAAGCGGUGCUGGGAACCGACACAAUGCCAGGCCUAGAUCUAUCGGACCCCAAACAGCUAGCUGAGUUCGCGCGUCCCGGCCACAAGAUAAGAUUGAAAAAGCCCUCGCCCGAAUCAUCAGAUAGGACGAUAGCUUGUCCGCACAAGGGCUGUAUGAAGAUGUUCCGGGACAACUCCGCCAUGCGAAAACAUUUACACACGCACGGCCCAAGGGUGCAUGUGUGCGCCGAAUGCGGCAAGGCGUUUGUAGAGAGUUCAAAGUUGAAACGACAUCAGCUGGUGCACACGGGGGAGAAGCCGUUCCAGUGUACCUUUGAGGGCUGUGGAAAAAGAUUCUCUCUGGACUUCAAUUUAAGGACGCAUGUCAGAAUCCAUACCGGCGACCGACCGUACGUCUGUCCCUUCGAUGGUUGCAACAAGAAGUUCGCUCAGAGCACGAACCUCAAGUCCCACAUACUCACCCAUGCCAAAGCGAAAUCAAGAAAUUCUCUCUCCCGCUCCACGAUCAACAACUACGACUCAGCGAGGACAACGCCACAGUUUGUACAACUGGAGAUGUCACCAGACGACUCCAACCCUCAGCUAAUAUUCUACACGCACGAAUGAAGCCUGUGAUUGUGAAAGUGAUAGUGACAAUAAUAAUAUACUCAAGUGAUACUGUAUGAGUGUAGUGUGAUAUGGUGAUCUAUCCAAGUUAUCGUCUGGACUAUAAGGUAACAUAUUAAUGCAUUGUUUGUUCAAAACGUCGAUAUUGUGGAGUUACUAGUCUGUGUUUGUGUGCAUUUAUUUCUUCCAUGCCAAAAUUAUAAAUUAGAUUUUACAUGUAUGAAUGGGAAGUGGAAUUUUAAAUUGUAUCUCAAUAGCAUGAAAUACCUAAAGAUUAUGCGGAACGGUAUUUUAAAGAUUUUUAUUUGUAUAUUAGCAGAGCAUAAUGGCAAAGAGACUGUGAUUUUCUGCAUCUACAACUUAAGAUUGUAUUGAGCCUGUCAUGGUUAUAAUUAUUAUUACUGGGUCAACCCUCUUCUCUGCCGCUAAAUAACGACAAAAAUGUCUCGACAUCUAGUCACAAAAGACUUGUUAUAAGGUGUUGAUACACAGCAAUUUACAGCACAGUGGGUACUUAUAUUUAAACUAAAACAGUACUAAUUUAAAUUAAAACCAUAUGUGUAACUAAUUUUGUAUGCAUAAAGUAUACCUACUGGUACUUGUUAGUACCAAGCAAGCGGUAACUUGUACUAGAGCAAUCAUGAUGGGCAAGAUGGGAAUGUGACACUCCUUCAUACCUCACCUCGUUGAUGCAUGUAGCGGCUAAAUUCAUUCUUCAUUUGUAUUUAUUACUCAUAUGGUCGUGGCCCAAAAGUUGUUUCGUUCCAGAAAUACUAAAGCCAAUGUUGAAGAACAAAAUGGAGUGGCUAAAUUUAAUAUUUUAAUGUGAAAUUUGUUAUUAAUAUUGAGUAAAUAUAGUUCAAUUGUUUGACUUUAAAUUAGCAAAAGGUUUUAGCUCCUGUACCAAGUACUGGUAAUAUAGUUAAAAAUAAUAAAUUAAUUGAGAUAUUUGAAAACUAUGAAAUGGUUCCUUUUUUGGUCCUUUAGGAAUCAAAUAAAUUGAAAAUGUGUUUGGUUUGUUUUAAGUAAGAGUGAGAUAUAGAAUAUGGAUAGCGUAUAAAUUUAUUAUAUUUUAUAAUAUUAGAUAACCUGUGUUAAUUAUCUUAGAACGUCAAAAUUUUACAGAGUUGUUUUGAGAUGAAAAAUAAAAGCAAACAAGAUGUACGUAAUCCAAAAAGUGUUAAGUAUGUUAAAUUUCAUGCACCAUUGUUUUGUUACAACUAGGCAUAUUAAGUUUUUUAUAAAUGAAAAUAAAUACCAUACCUAAAUACCAUUCCCACUUAAGGUAUUUUUUAUAGAAAGAUAAAUCAUAGACUGUGCAGUCUGUACUUAACAUACAUCAGUGAAUUAAUAUUAGAAAGUGCUAAUUAUAUAAUGAAGAUCAAACAAUGUAGGGCUGGAAAUAUAAUAUAUUAUGAUAAUAUUAUAUGUAGUUGUUUGAACAGGGAUAAAACAUUCACAUAUUUAUCAUCAGUUUACAGAUUUUUAAAGCGUAUCUUUAUAACAUGUACCUGACAUCACUAAGGUGAUGGUUUAUGCUUUUUUCGUCUAGCAGGGAUUAUAUUUCGGUUUCCAAAAUAAUAUAACUCCACUAAAAUAUGAUCUGUUCAAUCACUUGAGACAAAUCAGCUUACAGCAAUGAAAAGAAUCAAUCUUAGCAGUUAGCUAUAGCUAGCAGUGGUUAUCACACAAGAUCACAUUGGUCUCAGUGAAACGGGGCUGCCCUUAACUAAAGCCACUUUAAAAACCAUAACCAUAAAAUAUGGUACGACAAGCAUCAUGAUUUGUUACCUAAACCCUGGGUGAUAUAGAAUAAGGUAAACGAGCCCCAACUAGGCCCCUUGUGAGUAAUGAUGAUUUCAUUUGUUUUGACAUUUUCUUAACGGAUGUUUAUACCACUUGUGUAAAUACUUCUACAUGUUUGGGCCCAUUCGUAUAAUUGUGCGCAGAUUUCCCCUCUAACGGAAACUUUUGUAAUUUCUUUUUACCCUGUAAAACACACUGUUGAAGAACGCAACAAAUCCAGACACAUUAUUUAGCAUCUGUUUAAGUAAACCACUUUUAAAAGGAUUAAAAUAUGUGUAUAUGUAACUGUGUUGUUACAUUCGAUUUUGUGUUAAAGUUACUUUUAUAUUAGUGUAUUAGUUAACCGACGUUUUGUGACCAUUCCAGAGCACAUUUUCAGGGUUACUGCUGUUGAAAUGAGUCAAGAUUUGAAGUGUAGUGCUAUUUGUUGCCUCGCUUUUUAAUCUUUUAAUAAGUGUUUUAUUUAACAGUAUAACUCACGUUAAUCAAAGAAAAUACCAUUUGAAUCUGGCUUAACUUUGAUUUAACAAAAUCAAUUAUAUAGUUCAUAUUUCUAGUCUUGUAUUGUUUGUGGUCAUAACUUAAAAACUACAGUUUUCACAGCCAUUUUGUCAUUUAUGAUGUUUUAAAUUAUGAUGUAAUAUAUAGUACACAACUAUUGUAAAUAGCCGAAGAUUAGAACUUGUGCAUAGGAAGGCCAAACAAAUUGUAGAGUAUUAUUGUAUGCUACUUUGCGGAACUUAACUAACAAUAUUAUAUCAAAACUAUUGCAACAAUCUGUUGAUAAUUUGUCAGAACACAUGCAUUUAAAUGGAAAUAAAGAAUGAUGGUACCAGGGAGAAGAUGGCGCCUAGAUUAUGGGUUCCACACACAACGGCACCUUUAUCUGACAUGAAGCAGUAAUGUGUAAGCAUUGUUGUUUCGGUCUGAAGGGCGCGUUACUAGUGAAUUACACUAGUGGGCAAUAUCUUAUGUCUCAAGGUAUUCAAUAUAAGCGCAAUUGUAGAGCCACUCAUAAUUUUUGAGUUUUUCAAGAAUCUUGAGUGGCACUGCAUUGCAAUGGGUAGGGUGUUUCAAUUACCAUCAGCUGAACAGUCUGCUUGUUUCAUCCCUUACUGUCAUAAAAAAAACAUACUCAGACAAUUUAAAGUUAGUCUGUGCAAUACUUUUACCUUUACUCAUGGACUAGAACAUUUUGGAGUAACUGGGUCAGUACAAUGCUAGUUGUUAGAUAGUUGCAAUAUAGUCUUGAUAUUAUAUAAUUAUCUCUUUAAUAUCAAUUGUAAAUAAACACAGAGGAAGUAGAUAUAAUAUAUUGUCUUCUUUGUCUAAUGAUUGUGGAGUAUUUGAUGUAAGAAUUUGUUAUACUAACAACGCCAGAGACUGUAAACAGCAUAAUAGUAUGUUAUACAAAUAGUUGACAUUUGUUAGACACUAUUAAACCCAUGAUUGUUUUGUUUCUUGUCUUCUUGUAUUGCAUGGAGUUUAUACAAUUAAUUUUUUUUUACUGUGUUUUGUUUGCCAUUGUUAUUUUUAUUGGAAAUCAUUGCAUGAAAAUUUUUUUAAUCAAAAAAAGAUAAAAUUGCAUCAAAAAUGACCCCUAAAACUGUCCACAGUUGAGUAUAUAAUUAGUAUAUAAAAGUCUUUUAAUGCAAAUGGCUUAACAUACCUACGGUUCAAUUGAUCAAACAAGUCAUUUUUUAUAUAAAGUUUUUGUGACUUACAUAUUACCUACAACUUUUAUAUGUUUAUAGGCAGCUUAGGAUGCUGUUAUGCCUACUAAUAUUAUAAAUGUGAAUGUAAGUUUGUUAUGCUUUCGCUCCGGAAUGAAUGAAAUUUGGCGAUAGACUAGAGCUUGGCAAAGGACAUAUGCUACAUUUUAUCCAGGAAAAAACCCCUGAUUCCCGCGGGAAUUGAGUAAAAUCUUAAAUUUAAUUCACGUCGAAUGAGCUAUAACUAUACCAAUAGUAGGUUUAGUUUCCCAUAGCAAUCUUCCUCGAAAAAAGAUUCAUAUUAUAUGUUUGGAACAGGAGCGAAAACGGGAACCGGAACUGAAUAGGACAUGAGAUUAUCUUUAAUUCCAAACUUGCCUAUUAUUUUUAAAACCCUUUAUCUACGCAGACGAAGUUGCUAAUAUUUUUCAUAAAACUGUAGGCUUUUUAGUAAUUUUAACAAUUUGUGUUAAUACACACCCUCUAUUGGUGAUGUUUUAGUUUUAAAAUAUUAAAAUGAGGUUAAGCAUAUUUUAAGGAACACAGUUUUCUUUAAGUGAUUUUUUUAUCGACUGAUGUAAAUAUUUUUGUGUUGUGUUGCAACAUUUAAAUUCGUUUUUAUUUUUAAGUUUUUUGUGUAUUAUAUUAAAUAUUGCAACAUAACAUUGAUUGUUGUGGCAAUCAAAGAAUUAAAAUGUAAAUAUUUCUAUUU